AUGUCGUCCAGCCUCGAUGCUGCCCGUCCUAAUCCUGGCACUCCAGAAAGCCUUCCGAAUGCCUCUCCGUAUAAAAUGCGCCGCGCCGUGGAGCGUCUCUAUCCCAACACCCUCCCACCUCCGCAUCCUUCUCUCCAUCCAAGCACUUAGCAUCUCGUCCUCACCAUGUUCAGCAGACUCGCCACCCGCUCCCUCGCGUCCUCCCGCCCUUUGGCCCGCUCUUUCGCGACGCCGCAACAGCCAUGGAGUCGGGGCAUGAAGAUUGUCGCCAUCUUCUACCGCGGCGGCGACGCUGCUAAGCAGGAACCUCGCCUCCUUGGUACCGUCGAGAACCAGCUCGGUAUCCGUGAGUGGCUCGAGUCGCAGGGUCACGAAUACGUUGUUUCCGACAGCAAAGAGGGCCCCAACAGCGACCUCGCUAAGCACAUCGUCGAUGCGAUCGCGAAGAACCUCAAACUAUGUGUAACCGCCGGCGUCGGUUCCGACCAUGUCGACCUCAUCGCCGCCUCCGAGAAGAACAUCGACGUUCUCGAGGUGACGGGUUCCAACGUGACUUCGGUCGCGGAGCACGUCGUCAUGGACAUCCUGCUCCUCGUGCGCAACUUCGUGCCCGCGCACGAGAUGAUCGAGCGCGGCGACUGGCAGGUGUCCGACAUCGCGCGCGCCGCGUUCGACCUCGAGGGCAAGGUCGUCGGCACGAUCGGCGCAGGCCGCAUUGGCUACCGCGUACUCGAGCGUCUCGUGCCGUUCGACACCAAGGAGCACCUGUACUACGACUUCGCGAGUCUCCCGGCGGAGGCGGAGAAGAAGGUGCGCGCGCGCCGGGUCGCGGACCUCAAGGACAUGGUCUCGCAGUGUGACGUCGUCACCGUCAACGCCCCCCUCCACGAGGGCACGCGUGGCCUGGUGAACGCUGACCUGCUCAAGCACUUCAAAAAGGGCGCAUACCUCGUCAACACCGCGCGUGGCGCGAUCUGCGACGCCGACGCGGUGGCGGCCGCGCUCAAGAGCGGGCAGCUCGCCGGGUACGCGGGCGACGUGUGGAACGUGCAGCCGGCGCCGAAGGACCACCCGUGGCGGCAGAUGAAGAACCCGCUCGGGGGCGGCAACGGCAUGACGCCGCACUACUCGGGCACGACGCUCGACGCGCAGGCGCGCUACGCCGCGGGCACGAAGCAAUCUUGGAGAACUACUUCAAGAGCAAGGCGCAGAGGCCGGAGGACACGAUCGUCAAGGACGGCAAGAUCUUCAGCAAGGCGUAUGGCGCGAAGUAGAUGCGGUGCUGGUGCCUGUGAUGGUCCGGGUAUGUACCGCGGUGGGUGUUGAGCCUGUUGAGCUACUGGUAGAAGCAUAUGAUCCUUCGGACGACUUUCCGUCGUCGUCGUCGCCUGGUCGUCACUGCCUAGUGUAUCAUUAUUUGAACAUGUUCGCAUAGCAAUUGUAUCAACUCAUUCG